ACAGCAGCCUCACUGGGGACUUUGUCCAGCCCCACCCACCCUUCAGCUAGCCUCUUGCCCUUUGAUGCUUACAAUCAAGAGAUCAUUUUCACAAACCAGCCUGCCCAGCGUGCUAUAUGAGUCACGUGACACACCUGAGCCUGUGCACUUGGCAAUAAACACGACCUUGUCCAUUUUACAAGGCCAGUAACAGUAUAUACUAUCUUACUACACAUACUUGAGACUCUAGGAAACACAUUUGGUUGGGAGCUUAUACUAACUUGAGAGGGGCCACUCAUCUGUCAUGGAGGAGCCUGAACAGGACAUCCGGGAGCCACUGGCAGGUGAAAAUGAACAAGGCAUGAAUGCGAAUCCACACUUGUCAAUAGAUCCAUGUAAUGGCAAAACUGACACCACCGUGGGUCCAGCGCUGGUGCUUAAAGUAAGAAUUCAAAACUCCAAAGAAAAUGACUUCAUUGAAAUUGAACUGCACAGACAAGAGCUGAGUUACCAGAACCUACUUCACGUGAGCUGUUGUGAACUGGGGAUCCACCCAGAACAAGUGGAGAAGAUAAGGAAGCUGCCAAACACGCUGCUCAGAAAGGACAAAGACAUUCAAAGACUCCAAGACUUUCAGGAGCUAGAGCUCUUGGUGAAGAGCGGGAAGUAUGAGCACACUCGGCACACGGUGUCACCUCUUACAGAGAGGCCCUGCUACAACAGCGAAGCUGCAACACUGACUUACUAGUUCCAGAAGAGCGGGAUCUGCAGUCAUCGCCAACCACGAAGCCUAGGCCCACGUGACCAUCAGCUGACUAUAUCUGAACUUUGGAAAAUUUCAUUUCCAAGCUCUCUGAGCAGGAGCUGUUUACCCACAAGAGGCCAAAUGUAUUUUGAAGUGCUGCACCCCAGUACUGACACUCUACUACUGAGUAGCAUAUUCGCCCAGUCCCACUUACCUAUGAAGUGGAUUUAGGAUCUGAGUAAACAAUCGGCUUAAGGCUAAGACAGCUCGUGAAAACAGCUUGCAUCACUGUAGCUGGUGGCGGCUUCACUGGCUUACCGAAGUACAAGGUUGGUGGUCACAUCCCAAGCCAAGAGGACUCUUGGCGUGUUUUAGAUGGCUGUCACUUUAUAAGCACUCAGCUGUGACCAGCCCAUACCCACUCACCCAUCCGUCUUUACAUAGCCAUUUCUCCUCAAAUAUCAAGUCACCCUGAUCCUUGAGUUUAAUUAAAACACCAGGGCUCCUUGUGAACCAACACAUUCUAUUUGUAUUCUCAGCUCAGAGAGUUCACUGCUUCCUUAUUACCAACUUCCCAGCAGCUGAGAUUUGAUGUAAGGAUUACCUAACAGUCGGAGGAAAAUGGCUUUUAUGGUAUGUGAUUCAUUUCACACUCCUGCACCUGCAGUGUGACCGAUAUCCAGGUCUCUAAUGAAAGGGGCACCGUGAGAAUUUGUGUGCUUGAGAUGUCUAGCUCCAAGAUUCCAGUAACAGUGAUUGUGACUGGACAGGAUGGAUCCACAAGUGGUAACUCCCCUGUUUCACUUUCAAUAAUAAGGAAAAUUUAGGCAGGGGCUUGAGGCUAGUUAGGUUAAUAGCUAGAAAUCACUAUCUGUACAACAAUGAGAACUGUUUUAAAAUAAAUUUGUUUAGAAAAAAUUUUAAUUGAUACAUAGCAAAUUACUUAGGAGGGUAAUACUAUCCUAACGGCAGAACGUAUGUAGGUGCUAUCCAGUGGCUACAGUAACUAAAACCACAAGGCUAAUGAGCAAAUUCUUACCUGCUCCAAAUUAAUAAGCAAACUCCAGCAUAAAACAAAAUGGGGGGGCACACAUGGAGCUUCUACGAGAGCUCUAGUAGGAGGUUUUGGACCUCCUGUGUAGCUGAGAAAUAACCCCGAACCUCCCACAUGCUGGGAUUACAGACUCAAAGACCUAAAACAAAACUUGAGAGCUUCAAGAAGUGCACUAAAAGUUUUACUUCAUAUCUUGAAAGUAAAAACAGGAAACAACUCCACCAAAUAACUCUCAAACUUUUCUAAGUGAAAUGAACCCCAGAGCAGAAUACCAGACCAAAAGCCCCGAACACAUGAGUUACAAUAAAAUCAACACCCUUGACUCCUAGAUGCACACAAUCAAUCCGCUUGUUACAGUGAUAGACUGGUAAGUAAUCACCUCCUUCUGUGCUGUGCUCACGGAAGUAGUCCAGGCGUAACUCAAGAGCUGCGAGGAGGCAGCAACAAGCGGUAGGUCAGUAGGUGUGCACGUGAGGACCUGUUCUCCUUGCUCAUCUGCUCCAUUAAGAGCCUCAGCUUGCCAGGCAGUGGUAGCAUACACCUUUCUUUAAUACCAGACCUCAGCCUGGCCUACAGAGUGAAUUCUAGGGCAGCCAGGGUACAGAGAAACCCUGUCCUGAAAACUAAAAAGAGCAAAUAAAUAAUAAAAUAAAUAAAUGGUCGCUCCUCGGCUUCCCUGAAAGGACCCGAGGAGUGUGAUGAGGAGGAACGACUGCUAGGAACUAAUGCUUGGCUAUGUGAACCCUAAGCACCUAUAGGGACUUUUCAAGUCCUAAUCGCUUUUCCUGAAGAGUACACAUUUUUAUUAAUAACUCGUGGCACUUAAACCUUCCUUGGAAAGCUUAGGAUAGAAAGGCGCAUCCAUCCCUGGCUGCUAUCUAAAUGAAAGGAAAGAUGUCGCACACCGUGCGCAUGUCCGGUAGUGUAACUGGGGUGCUGUUCUUAGAAUCUAAGCAAGUGGAGGAAGAUUUCCAAGUUCCAAGCUAGCCUGAGCUACACAGUAAGACCAUUUAAAGGAUAAAAGGGAAAAGUGUGCUUCUAAAAUCUUCCAUGCACUGAGGUUAAGUUAGUAUGUUUAUUAGUCACUACCUACACCAAAAACCUUUCCCACUUAAAAACUUUUAUUAAGAUAUAGCAUAUACACAAAAGCACACAAACAUACAAUUCAAAAUGAAAAGAGCUUGUCCAGCUUGAGAAAGACAGUGGCCAUUCCUCUGAAAAUCCCUUCGCCCUCCAAGGUCAUUCUCAAAGAAGCCACUAACUGUGAUCUGUAUGUCAACUGUUUCGUGUUUCUUUCAUUUACCAUGUAUUUUAACAGCCUGUUUUGACUUUUACCAAGCAUAAUGGGUAGAUUCUUCUGUGGCUUGCUUUUUGGGGACAUUAUUACAUCUUGCAAUAUCCAUGGUCAUGGUGGAGCCGAAGUUCAUGUUCACACCUGUGAAUUCCGCAAUGGGGAUGUGUCUGUCACACUAGUUAUCCGACACAACUGCUGAUGGGAUCUUCCCAGGGCUUUGUUGGUCUGGGUUUUCUUUUCUUCAUUACAUAAGAUGACAUUAAGACAUUUGCUCAUCCAUCUCCUGGCAACAUUUAAGAGUUUCUCAAGAAUAUGUACCUAGGACUGAGUACAGCACACUUAGCUGUGCCAAACUGUUACCAAAGUUGCUCCUAAAAAAACCUGUUGACAGACAACUGAUCUGUCUGGAAUGGCUGAGAAGAAACAGACCAACUAUGAAACUCUGAAAAUGCAUUUUAAUAGAAAAUCCGUAAUUCUGACACAAUAAAAAUGCCAUUUACCCUGUUUCAACUAACUUGAAACACUUUUUUAAAAACACACUCAACUUCAGAGAACUGUAUCCUACAUCUCAAAAUGUUUCCAUAUAUAGUACCCAAAAAAGGCAAAUUCAGAACAUAUAUGAUGGACACCAUCAUAUAUAAAAACAUCUAUAUUGUAUAUUCCCCACCUCCUACUUUGCUGCCCCCACCAAGCGCUUGGACGAGGCAACAUCAGGAACUCAUUAGAGGAGCAGGCAGUAAGAGUAAAGGAAGACAGAGAUUGAACACUUCGACUGUUGCUUUUAAACCAAGAACAAGCAUUACAAUUGCAGUUAUCAAACAAGUUAAAAUGCAGUCAUCCUGGGUCCUUUCACAAGCAAAUAAAAACCAUUCAAAAAAGCAAGCUUGAAAACCAACCCUGAAGAAGUGCUGCCCCACAGACUGUUUCAUGCACAUACAAGGCAAUGGUUAAGCACACACACAUCACUCAUCUACAAUGCAGCUAUGCAUCUUUACAAACAGAACAGAUGUGAACUUAAAAAACUCCCACUGCAAAAUUUUCAGUUUGUACAUCCCUAGGUUCUACGAGCCACGUUCUUACACCCUGGAAUGAUCUUUGGCUCUCCUAUAACACUAACUGUAUUCAAAGUGAGAAAUGUUCUAGAGGUAAACAUAUCAGCAGAACACAUGAACAACUUAACCGCUCAUGAUUACAAAGGUACAAAAGUGGUAGCUGGGACCUACUGCAGAGGCCAUCUGUCUAGUCUGUCUACACCCUACAGGAGUUGUUCGUCUUCCAUCCUCUUGAGAGUUCUGAGGCAAAGGACUAUUAGUCUGAGAACUACGGAGAAAACACUCAUCAGAUGUUAUGUCUUCCAGAGACACAAGUUAACAGCAUAACUGAGACUUGCUUAAGAAUACAGAAGAGUAGACAUGCAGGCACAGGCACGCAUACACACACUUCUGCACCGUACCCCCAGACACAGGCACACAUGGGACUAUGAGUCAGUCUUACAGGACAUAAAUUAAUAGAGAUUGGUUAUACUGUUACACUUUCAUGAGAUGAGAAAAUGCCAAAAUAAAAUGCACUUUAAAAAAGAUUAUUAACUGCUUGCUCCGAUUUAAAAAUUAGAGUAAUUUGAUUAAAACUGGCUCUUCAAAAAGACAUGACACAUUCACUAUACUCUCACACACAUAAACACCAAAUGGCAGCAACAGUUAUUUGGUCUACAAAACAUAAAUGUUUCUUAUAGUAAGUUAGUACCUAGCCUCUAUACCAGACACCCUAAGAGAGCUUUCUCAAAUCUUGUAUCUGCAUCAAUAGAACUCAGUGUCCACAGAGGACAUCUUUUUACAGGAGCCCAUUUGCUGUAUUGCAUUUAAAUUCACUGUUGAGUCUAGAUGAGGCAGAAGAAAGCAAUCUGGCAUUUUAAUACUUGAGCAGAUUUCUUACAUUAUGUUCUUAAUACAACAAUGUCAUCAAGCUAUAAGCUACACAAAGCAGAGCUCGGAACUGCGUGAUUCUGCGUCUGCCAGACUGUGGUUGACAACUACCUUCAUGUCCACCUGUCUCAUCUCGUACAACUGCAGAGGCAGCUCCCCACCUUCUGCUGCAUCUCUAGAUCAGCUGGGGAAGCCAGGGGAAGGGGACCUCUUAUCCCCAUGAACAUUUCUCAUAUAGUGUCUCUAAAAGUGGUUGCUUCAUGAUUUAUCAAAGUUUGGCAGAGUAUUUUAGCUAAUAAAUUCUGUAAUGACCCAUAAUGCACACUAGAAGGAACACAGUGGUACAGCAGUGAGAAGAGCCCUUACACUGAUCAACAUGAAGCCAUCUGCUCAGUUUCUUUAUCAACUGAUGCUAGUAUUAAAAAACUUUAAGUCACAAGGAACUGCUCUGAUAUAUAUGUAUAUAUAUAAACAAAUGUAUUUGAGGAUAACACUUUACAGUCGAUGGAGCUAGGUAUAGACAUGCUGCUACUUCCAUGUGAAAUUCACCUGCUUUGUUUUUCAAAUAUCCUUGUUAUAUACACUACACACUCCAUACAGAGAAAUAUAUACAUUUUUAAAUGGAUUAAGAUUGGGUUAAAAGAAAAUUUUGGUAUAGAAUUUAAAGGAAAAUAACUAGCUGAAAGUUUCUUAAUGUUUGCCUAGAUCAUUUCCUAGGCCGAAAGAGGAAGACAGUUUGUAAGGUUAUUCAGAACCUUUUACUACUAAAGAAACCUCUCAUGGGUGUAAAAAUAUAUUCUAGUUCACUGUACACUUUUGCUAUUAAAAGCAAAUCCAAAUUUCUUCAUUACCACCCCAAAUUGAAGCACCAUUUAAACAUCAAAUGGAAGUUCUAUAAAAAUUACCCUUCAACAGAACAAGUUAGAAAAACAUCCACUAACACUCGUAUCAACAGGGUAGCUCUUAUUUAAAAACAAGGGACUAGAUUGGAGUCAACAGCUUUAUUAGAAAGAGAGCAACACUAAAGCCUUUCAAUGACACAGACAAUCAACUCUGUAACAGAAAGUCAGAGAUACUUUAUUUUCACGUCUAAAUCCAAAGGCUAAGUAUAGCAGAAGUGUAAAAAUGGAGUCCCACUCAGUCUGCUUCACAUGAACACUAACGUUUAAUCCUGUUUUCAAAGUCCGAGACUGAAAACUUGCAAUUAAACACUGAGCAAGCCACAUGUUUAGGGAAUAUUUCUUAAAAAGUCUUAAAGAAAAAAAUAUGAUACAGGACCUAAGUUUUCAAAGUGGCAUAUGUGCUAAUAACACAUGUUCUGAAAUCUGGUAGGUCACAACAGUCCUGAAUUAAUUUUUAAUAAUAAUAAUAAUAAUAAAAAACAAAUAACUAACUGAGCUUUAUACUUUUUCUAUGCCACUAUAGCUUUCUUUCACCUCAUUUUAAUGUUGAUCUUCACUUUAUGCCGUUUUCAGUAUUCUUCAAAAAAUCUUCAACAGUAGUCCUACAAUGCAAAAUUUGGGGAAAAUUGAUAAUUAGACAGCAUAUAAAAGGUAAAAUUUUAUGACUAAGUGCUGGCCCAGUCGCUAACUGCUAACCAUGACACGUGUAUCUGAAAUGUAUUGCUUCUACAUCAAGGCAUCAACGUGGUUUAUAGAGCCAUGUGCCUGUGUGUGCUGCCUAUGUGUGAAUGGUUCACACAGACAUACCUACACUGCUUUUCUAAAACAGGAAUGCCACCAAUAUAUCCUCUAAUUGGUACUUCCUUUCAUUAGGAUUAUUUCAUCCCACGCCACUAGCCCAAAGAUUGAAGUUAUUAGUUUAAAGAAUAUCUAUAAAACCUAGCUUUAAACAGUUCUUUAAGAACCCAACCUCAUCUGAUAUCAAUCAGUUCUUCAUGUUACUGAUCCAAGUGUCUGUCCUUGCUAGAUGCUGUUGCUUUCAAUGUCUCAGCCAGUGACUAUUCCUCUAUACUAUGGCUGACCGCAAAUUCUCCUACACAGUAGGAAACGUUAAACACAUACCUCUUAAAGACUUGAGAAUUGCACUGAAUGUAACAAGGCGGAUAAUAUGAGGUGUUUAUUGUAUUUAAAAUUCUUUAAAGAUAUCUAAUUCUGGGCACCACUGCAUCCCUACACACAGUUGAAAAAAAAUUCCAUUCUGUUAACAUGAUUUGUAAAAUUUCACGCAAUACACAAAAACCCCUCUGUGCUUCUUGUAAAGAACAAAAAAGAUACACAACAGUUAAGCGUAAAGGUCACAGGCAAUAGCAUUCAAACACGGAUGUGGGUAGAGAAAGGAGUACCUGGCAUGAGUACCUGCUUAGUUUGACUGAAUCCUUGAUUUCUAAUUUGGCUUUUCAUGGGCCGCUCACAACACCAACGCUGUGUGAGGUAUGGUAGUCAGCUGCAAUAAUUCAUAAACCCUACACUUCCAUCAAUCCAAUGCUACUGGCUCUCGAGUUACAGAACAAACUGCAUUAGAAUGCAAGGCAAUAAAGCAAAAAACUAGAAACAUCCUUGACAAAGAAAUACUAGCAGUUUAAUUAAAACAAAGUAGUCCAACAUGUGCCUCAGAAAUAGUUUUAAGUUUUUACAGCAUAAGUCUCUGCCAAUGUACCAACACAAGAUGGACUUAAUACCAAAAAGAAAAAAACAAAAACAGUUCAACCUUUUUAUUAAAAAAAAAAAAAAGAAA